AUGUCUAUAAAAUUCGGGUUCUGCGACUGUAGAAAUCCUAAUCUACAUAUUCACAUAAAGUUUUCAGUAAUCAGUGAAACGUCUUCGAAUGAAGAACAAGUUGAAAUUGAUGUUAUCAGUGAUUGUUACAGGAAAAUAAUAUCUUUGAUCAGUUUAAUGCUUAUUGUUUCUGGUGCCAUAUCUGUUAAUGGAAAUGAGACGAUCACAUGUGGAAAAGUAGAAAAAGACAGAUGGUCACGCGAAUUUACUUGUUAUAUUGAUGAGGCAAUUCAUGAAAAAGAGAGAACAUUUUCGGGACGAAUUGAUUUGCAAACCAAAUCUUUAUAUAUCAAUAAAAACAAAAAUGUUCAAUAUUUGCCUGAUAACACGUCGGCAGUGUUUCCUAAUCUAAAGCGUUAUGAUGCAGAAGAAUGUUCAAUUUUAGAAGUUCAUUACUUCAAUUUCAUUGGUCUGUCAAAUCUUGAAAAGUUAGAUUUGUCUGGUAAUCUAAUUGAAACACUAGAAGAUGAUGUCUUCAAAGAUUUGACUUCUCUGGGAACAUUAGAACUGAGCAAUAAUAAAAUAGAAAAUAUCAACGAAAGAAGUUUCAAUGGAUUGAAGAGAUUAAAAUUUUUGUAUCUGGCCGGCAAUAAAUUAAAUAAAUUAAAUAAUGAUACAUUUGGACAAUUAUCUUCCUUAACACAUCUUCGUUUAAUGAGAAAUUCAAUAAAGCAGAUCGAGCAGAACAGUUUUAAUGGAUUGGCAAAUUUAACACUAUUGGAUUUAACUCACAACCAAUUACAAAUAUUAAAUCAUGACAUAUUUGUACCAUUGUCAUCUGUGCAAUAUCUAUUAUUAGAAAAUAAUACAAUCAACCAAAUAGACAAAAAUGCUUUUAAUGGAUUGGACAAGUUAAAUGUUCUGGUUUUGAAUCACAACCAAUUGCCAGAAUUAACUCAUGAUAUGUUUGGAUUAUUGUCAUCAUCGCUUCAUUUUAAGCUUCUUGAAUUAUUUAAAAACAAUUCUUUACAGCGAAUAAUGAAAUCAGAAAGAUUGAGAAAAAUGCUUUUAUUGGCUUUGACAACUUAA